GAAACUCGACUCGGCACUCCAAAGCACACAGCCUCCGCGAUUGCAGUGGUGUGCUUGCUUUCGUUUUCUCUUAUACCUCGUUUCAAUACAUAUAUCUUUUCGUUGUUGUUCCUGUUAUCGUUGGCUGUUGUUGUUACUGUUGCUGUUACCGUUAUCGCGUUUAUAGUGCAAAAAGGUUUUCAAAGUUUUGCCCCUUUUACGUUGGGGACUAUCGACGUUGUUAAAAAAAAAGAAACAAAAACAAAAAUAUAUUGCACGUUGAUAGAACGUACGACGCCUUUUUUGUUUUUAGCCUAAUACAUUUUUUUUUAAACAUAUUUUUUAAAGAAGUCCGAUCAAUCGGCUUACCACAAACCAGGAACGAAAGAAUCUUCCGCCACCAUGAAACUUACGCUGUUCACAUUAUUAGCUUUGUGCCUAAUAGCUACCUGUAGAUCGGCUGAAGAGGAAUACGAUUAUGAAGAAGAAUCUGCAGCAGCUGUUGUAACCCCAGCUCCAACUAAACCAGCAGCACCGGCUGCUAGAUUGGGAGGACUGUUAUCGUCGAGAGGACGAGUCAAUGUCGGAGGAAGAAAAGCAACACCGACUCAAUCUACGACCGCUAAACCAGUCGAACAACAGCCAUUAGAAGAAGAAGAAGAAGCUGAGGAACCACUUGAAGAUAUUCACGAACAAGAAGAAGUCCUCACGACCACUACUGAAUCUUUAAAAAAGGUUCGAAGCGGUGUCAGACCUUUCAGAUCAAACGAGGAUUUAAUAGCAGCUUUAAAGAGAAGACGUGCUCAGACUGGUCCAAUUAGUCAUUCUAAAGAAUCCUCAGGGACACAGGCGGCUCAAACGGAAUCAACAACUCCCAAGUCGAGAACGUCAUCGAGCAGCCGUAACAAAGCUAAUGGAAAUUCAGGAGGAGAAUCAAGGACAACUGCGACGAGCCGUGGUAGAUUCGGUUCAUCGAGAGGUAAACCCGUGCAAGAAGAAGUCGAGGAAACGCAACAAGAAGAAGUCCAAGUGAAACCUAAACCUUAUCGCAGGGGAUAAAUAUCUAAAGGUUUCUUUUAAAAUUAAAAUAAAAAAAGGAAAAGAGAGAGAGAGAGAAAAAAAAUAGAGAAAUGGUCAUCUUUCUCUGACCAACCUUUUUUAAGCAAAAGCAAAAAGUUCCGAGUUUAUUGAAAAAACAAAGAAACAAAAAAACAAAAAAAAAACAAAAAAGAAAAAGGAAGAAAAAUUUCUUUUUCAAAAAAUACGAUUUUAAUCUUCGUCCUUGUCCAUCUCUAUCCUAGACCAUGCCUUUUGCUUUUGCCUACAUUAGAAAUAGACAUAUAAAAAUAUGUUAAAUAAAAAUCCAUAUAUGGUGGUAUUUUCUUUCUGAUGUAAAAAUAAUCUAUGCAAACGAAAGACAAGUAUUAUUUUUGUAAUCGAGCUUUUUUUUAGAUUUCAUCUUUAACGUCUUGAUAUACUCUUAUCGAGCUAUUAAUUUUAUAUUUCUUUUAUAUAAUGCAAAAAAGGAAAGUUCGUUGAUAGAAUUUUACUGAUGAAAUCAUCGACGAGGUUUCAUUAUUUUUUUGAUUAUUCCUAUUAGGUAAUUUUAAAGUCAUAUAAAAAACUCAUAUGUUGUUUUUUUUUUUUUAAUAGAUCCCACGUAUUCGAUCAUACGACGAUCUUUAUAGACAUAUAAAUAAGUAUACAUACAUGUAUAAAUAAAUAAAUAAUUAAUAGUUAAGAGCAACCAUUUGUUUCUAACGAAGACGUCUAGUGGUUGCUGUAUAAAUGUAAAUUAAAUAUGACACGUGAAAUAAAAUGAUUUCAAAAUAAUCAAUGCACGCAUAUAUAUAUAUAUCAUUAAUAAAUAAUGU